AUGGCCGAAGGAGUUGUGUCUAAUGUUGUGUCUUCCAUCAUACUAAAGGUGGGAUCUCAAGCUUUCAAAGAGAUUGGAAAGUUUUGGGGUCUCAAAGAGGAGUUUGAGAAGCUUGGGAAAACAAUGGAGGUGCUGGUAGCUGCAAUUCUUGAUGCAGAAGAGAAACGGGUCAGUAACAAUCUAGUCAAAGUCUGGCUUGGGAGGCUUGAAGAUGCAGUUGGAGAUAUUGAUAACUUGUUGGACGAAUUUCAAACUGAAGCUUUGGGGCGUCAACUGAUGUCUGGGAACAGAAUGACUAAAAAGGUACGAGUUUUCUUCUCAAACUCAAACCAAAUUGCUUUUCGUUUAAAGAUGGUUCGUAAGUUAGAAAAAAUUAAGGAGACACUUAAAGAUAUUAAGGAAGAUAGCACCUUAGAAGUUAUUGGGAGGGAUGAUGAUAAAAUGAAAAUUGUUGAACUUUUGUUGGGUUGUGGUUCUGAUCAAGAUAAGGAUAAUGUUUCAUUGCUUCCCAUAGUCCGUAUUGGUGGACUAGGAAAAACAACACUUGCUCAGUUAGUUUUCAAUCAUAAGAUGGUUGAGAAACAUUUUGAACCGCAAAUCUGGGUUUGCAUAUCUGAUGCGUUUGACCUUAAAAUAAUUCUUGAGAAAAUGUUUAAAUCAGUAGAUGGUUCUGUACAACAAGGCCUUGAGCUAGAUCAGCUGCAAAAGUCUCUCCGUAAAAAGCUAAGUGGAAAGAGAUAUCUUCUUGUAUUAGAUGAUAUGUGGAAUGAAGAUAGGGAAAAAUGA